UGAAUUUAUUUUAAUUAAGAACUUCUUUUUGAAAUCUUAUUACCAUAUGAAUUUUGUAAAGAAAAUAUGAGAGGAGAAGAGGAUGGAGUGAAACAAAAGAAUGGAAAGGUGCCCCCUUUUGUUUGUGUUUUUGAUUUGGUCCUUAUUGGAUUUUUUCUAUUUAGCUUUCAACUCGUCUAUGAUUAUCAAAUGAAGGCAGCAACAAAGCAAGAAACAAAUGAAAUGGCUACUUUCAAACUCCCUAAAACCCACCUCUCUCCUCCAAAAACCCUCUGCGCCUUCUCCACUUGGUACUCACCACCCCCCCAACCCCCACCAAGACAGUCGGCGCCGCCUUCACGCCAUGAAUCUCCAAUUCUCACAACGAUCUCUGAAGCAAUAAAAAACAUUGAAACUAAACCACUUCACAUUUCUCUCAAAAACAUCCUACCUUCAUUCAAAGCCCAUCACUUUAUUUGCCUCGUUAACCAAAAUCCUUACUUUCUACCUCCAAAAUCCCUCCUUUCUUUCUUUGACUUUCUAUCUUCAUACCCUACUUUUAGCCACACAGUUCAGUCUUAUUGCAGUAUGGUUCACUUCCUCAUUGCACAUCGAAUGAACCAACAAGCUGAGUCUUUGCUUCAUUUUGUUGUUUCACGUAAAGGGAAAGGAUCAGCUUCUUCCGUUUUUGCUUCAAUUCUUGAAACUAAAGGUACCCUUUCGUCAAGUUUUGUUUUUGAUGCUUUAAUGAGUGUGUAUACUGAAUUUGGUUACGUGUCUGAUGCUAUUCAGUGUUUUAGAUUGACAAAGAAGCAUAAUUUGAAAAUCCCAUUUAAUGGUUGCAAGUGUUUGCUUGAAAGAAUGAUUAAAAUGAGCUCUCCUAUGGUAGCUUUGGAGUUUUAUCUGGAGAUCUUGGAUUCUGGGUAUCCACCAAGUGUGUAUACUUUUAAUGUUUUAAUGAAUAGAUUGUGUAAAGAAGGUAAAGUUAAGGAUGCUCAAUUGAUUUUUGAUGAAAUUCGGAAGACAGGUCUGCAGCCCACUGCUGUUAGUUUUAAUACUUUGAUUAAUGGUUAUUGUAAAUCAGGAAAUUUAGAGGAGGGUUUUAGGUUGAAGAUGGUAAUGGAGGAGUUUAGGGUUUUCCCUGAUGUUUUUACUUAUAGUGCUUUGAUUGAUGGGUUGUGUAAGGAGUGUCAGUUGGAUGAUGCGAAUCAUUUGUUUAAGGAAAUGUGUGAUAGAGGGCUGGUUCCUAAUGAUGUCACUUUUACCACAUUGAUUAAUGGGCAGUGCAAGAGUGGGAGAGUUGAUUUGGCCUUGGAAAUUUAUCAGCAAAUGUUUACUAAAGGUUUGAAAGCUGAUUUGGUCUUGUACAAUACACUCAUCGAUGGCCUUUGUAAGGGUGGAUAUUUUAGGGAAGCAAGGAAGUUUGUUGGCGAGAUGACUAAGAGAGGUUUGAUACCUGAUAAAUUUACGUACACUACACUUCUAGAUGGUAGUUGCAAGGAGGGAGAUUUAGAAUUGGCUUUGGAGAUGAGGAAGGAAAUGGUAAAAGAAGGUAUUCAGCUGGAUAAUGUAGCCUUCACAGCCAUUAUUUCUGGAUUGUGUAGAGAUGGAAAGAUAGUAGAUGCAGAGAGAACAUUGAGUGAGAUGUUGAGAGCGGGUUUGAAACCAGAUGAUGGUACAUAUACCAUGGUCAUGGAUGGGUUCUGUAAGAAGGGUGAUGUGAAGAUGGGAUUUAAGUUGCUCAAAGAGAUGCAGAGCGAUGGACAUAUACCAGGAGUGAUCACUUACAAUGUGCUUAUGAAUGGACUCUGCAAGCAAGGCCAGGUGAAAAAUGCUGAUAUGCUUUUGAAUGCAAUGCUCAAUUUGGGUGUAGUUCCAGAUGACAUUACUUACAACAUUUUAUUACAAGGGCAUUGCAAACAUGGGAAACUAGGAGACUUCCAAAAUGUCAAGACUGAAAUGGGGCUUGUUUCUGACUAUGCAUCUUAUAGAUCACUACUCAAUGAGUUGAGCAAAGCUUCUAAAGAUCGUCAAAAGAGAUUUUUGAACAGUGAAAAGCAACCACGAAUCAGUUUCAGUCGACCAAGACAAGGCAAGAAGCCAAAAACAAGAAGAAUCAAAGAGACAAGGGAGAAGAGAAUGCAAGAAAUGGGGAAGCAGCAAGCUCUAAUUUUGAUCCAGAAAAUGGUGAAAGUCCCUCCUCUUCAAGCCUUAUCACUCUUCAACUCCUCGAUUCAACAAGGCUUCCAACACACUCACCACUCCAUUUCUUUCCUUCUCCAACACCUUCUUGACCAUCACAAACUUCCCCAUGCACAAUCUCUCCUCCUCCAAGUACUUUCCAACAAGAUCUCCUCUCCCUUUUUCACUGUCCCAUCUCUUCUCCACCAUUUAACACAGAACCAGAACCAGAACCAGAACCCAUCAAUGACUACUGCUCUCCUCUAUGAAUCAAUCAUCAAUGCCCAUCUUAAAUCUCAAUUACUAGAUAAAGCUCUCAUCUUUUUCAAUGAAAUGGUUGAUAAAGGCCUCGUCUUUCGACCUAACAUAUUUAAUAGUCUCUUGGGCUCUCUUGUGAGAUUAAAUUGUUUUGAGAAAGCUUGGUUGGUUUUUAAUGAAUUGAAAGAGAGGGUUAAGUUUGAUGUCUAUAGUUUUGGAAUAAUGAUCAAGGGUUGUUGUGAAAAUGGUAAUUUGGAUAAAAGUUUUCAACUUUUGGGUCUAUUACAGGACAUGGGUCUUUCUCCUAAUGUUGUCAUAUACACUACUUUGAUUGAUGGUUGUUGUAAGAAUGGUGAUAUUGAAAGAGCUAGGUUGUUUUUUGAUAAGAUGGGAGAGAUGGGCUUGGUUGCUAAUCAGUAUACUUUUACGGUAUUGAUUAAUGGGUUGUUUAAGAAAGGACUUAAGAAAGAUGGUUUUGAUUUGUUUGAGAAGAUGAAGAUUAAUGGGCUGUUUCCCAAUUUGUAUACGUAUAAUUGUUUGAUGAAUGAGUAUUGCAGUGAAGGAAAAAUAUGCAGAGCUUUUGACUUGUUUGAUGAAAUGCGUGAGAGAGGUGUAGAAGCAAAUGUUGUCACGUAUAAUACUUUGAUCGGUGGCAUGUGUAGAGAGGAGAGGGUUUGGGAGGCUGAGAAGUUGGUGGAUCAAAUGAAGAAAGCUGCUGUUAGUCCUAAUUUAAUCACAUAUAACACAUUAAUAGGUGGAUUUUGUGAUGUUGGGAAUUUGGAUAAGGCUUCAAGUUUACUAGAUCAAUUAAAGUCAAAUGGUCUGUCUCCAUCUUUGGUGACCUACAAUAUUCUCAUUGAAGGUUAUUCCAAGGCUGGAAAUUGGAAAGGAGUUGCUGAUUUAGCAAGGGAGAUGGAGGGGAGAGGCAUUUCUCCUUCUAAAGUGACAUGUACAGUUUUAAUUGAUGCUUAUGUUCGAUUGCAAGAAAUGGAGAAAGCAUUUCAAAUUUAUUCCUCUAUGGAGAAGUUUGGUUUGGUUCCUGAUGUCUACGUCUAUGGUGUGCUAAUACAUGGUUUGUGCAUGAAAGGUAACAUGAAAGAAUCUUCAAAACUGUUUAGAUCAAUGGGUGAAAUGCACGUGGAACCAAGUGACGUGAUAUACAAUACAAUGAUCCAUGGUUACUGCAAAGAGGAUAACUCCUAUAGGGCUUUAAGGUUGCUUAGAGAAAUGGAAGCUAAGGGGUUGGUUCCAAAUGUGGCUAGCUACAGUUCUAUCAUUGGAGUUCUAUGCAAGGAUGGGAAAUGGGAAGAAGCUGAGGUUUUAUUAGACAAGAUGAUAGAAUUGCAACUAAAACCGUCAGCUUCCAUCUUAAACAUGAUCUCCAAAGCCAAAAAUUUUACAGAAUUGAAGAUUUAAAGGACUCAUGGCAUGAAGUGGCAAAGCAGAAUUCCGUGAAAGAUGGAGCCUUUGAGAUAAUGGUAAUAUUGGUAAAAGAAUCCGCAAAGAUUUGAAACACACACCCACAUUUUGGGACAGACUAGCAGAGACUGCAUGACACUCUGUGUGGGAGAGGGCACUGAAAACGAUCCAAUCCUGUUGUAUAGAAACUAAUAUCAGCAGUUUCGUAUGAAUGAAUCAAGUUUUUU